UUGGCCCUACGAGACGACGAGCCCCAGCCAGCAAUGUCAGCUGAAAUUUGAGCAAAAGUGCGCAAUUUGUCUUUGGCGGAGGGCGUCCGGGCGCAAAAUGCGGCGUUGACAUGCUAGUCAGCGUGCCGUCGCUCUAUAUUCUGGUCUACGACGCGUGCACGACAUGCUUUCGGCGCGGCGGGCGUGACGACAUGGAGCAGGAGCAGGGCAACUCGUCCGACUCGGCGUUCUACCUCGAGGAGGCGGGCGUCAAGUUCAGCACGCCCGUCUACAUGCAGCGCUACGCCGCCGUCGUCGACGCCCUCAGGUGGCGAGGCACCAUGCGAAAGGUCGUGGACAUGGGCUGCUCCGAGUUCGGUCUCUUCAAUCACCUGAAGAACACUGACAACGUGAGCGAGGUGGUGGCCGUCGACGCCGACCGGUUCCUCUUGGAGGCGUUCGCCUGGAAGGUGGAGCCCUUUUCCGCCGACUUCCUCAGGUCGCGGAGGCACGAGUUGCGCGUGCGUGUGAUGAAGGGCAGCGUCGCCCAGUUCGACGACUGCCUCCGAGAUUGUGAUGCCUUAGUCUGCGUAGAGUUAAUAGAACACUUGCGUCCUGAAGAGUUGGACGCAGUUCCGUUCGUCGUGUUCGGCCAAGUGCGCCCUCGAAUUGCCGUUUUCACCACUCCGAACGCUGAUUUCAACGAGCUGUUCAACAAUCCGAGCAAAAGGCUGCGCCACCCUGACCACAAAUUCGAGUGGACCAGGGCUCAGUUCCACGACUGGGCAGCCAACAUCGCUGAACGCUUCCCAUCGUACAGAGCGGAGUUCAUUGGGAUCGGAAGAGGGCCAGAAGGCACGGAGGAGAGCCACGGCUUUUGUUCGCAGAUGGCUCUAUUUUACAGGGAAGAUUCGAGUGGAGAAGCCUUAAAGGACGUUCCUCCAGAGUUCAACUACGAAUUGGUGAAGGAAGUAAACUUCCCCUUCAGGGGAGAGGAGGACGAGGAAGCGCACAAAGCCAAGUGCAAGGCCGAGUACCAAAUUCACGCGCUCGGCGCCGACCCUAUCUUUGACAAACCAAACGGAGACACUUUAAUUCCACUGUCGGUCGUCCUCCAGUCGGUUGAUGAGUACUUCCAGGACACCAACGCCCUCAGGGAGUGUCUGGAGACUCACGGCUGGAAGAUGGCGUCCAACAGUCGCGGGGAAUGCUGCGUGCGAUACGACAUAGCAGAAUCGGAGUUGUCGGACGAGGCAGACGUGGACAGCGUGAACGCGUCGAGCCAGCUGGCGCCGCCUCCUUUCAUACUGUCGGAGGCGGCGCCGCGGGCCUGGCAGUCGGAGCCGCACCUGGACGCCGCAGCCGCCUGGCCGCUCGCUCGGCAGCCUCCGCCGGCCGAGUCGCUCAUGUUCCGCUCGGUCAAUGAGCGCCACAGCUGCGCCUUCUUCAAGUCCUCCUUCUCCGAUCCGAUCAGGGUUGAUGACAGUGGAUACCCUAACUCUGGAUCUGUUCAGGACAUGGACGUGACCCUGGGCUCGAGCGACGAGCUGAGCGCCUCUAACGACGACGAGGAGGAAGAAGAGGAGGAGCGGCCGCCCCCGGCUUUCGCACCGCCGGCCGCCAUUCCGGCCAACAACCACGACGCCGUGAACAACAACCGCGACGGCGAGGGCAACGACCUGGGCCCGGACGCCGACGCCGAGCAGCGGCUGCCCGAGUUUCCGAGGUGGCUGCUGCAGGUGCUGGCGGCCGACGAGGAGGCCGCCGACGAGGGCUUCGAGUCGUCCAGCUCGGAGGACGACGACGACGACUGACCAGGCUCAACGCGCGCAUAAGUUGAAGACUGUUUUUCCUUUUAAGACUAGUUGCGUUCUCGUUUUUUACUUCCGUCAAAGAGAGCGAGUGCAAAUCGAGACCAAAAAUCAGCGGUAAUUUUAAGGCAGGCACAACAGAAUGCAUUUAUUUUAUUUAUAUUCUGACGUAAAUUAAGUUGAAUUUACUCUCGAAAGAAAGAAUUUAUUUAUCUACUAACUAACAGCUGGCGUUUUGUACAAAAGUUCGCCCACGCGUCAAAAAAAAUGGCGCCCAUCCGCCAUCUUGUGCAUAUUUCAAUGGAUCGAGACGCAAUGCGUUUGUUUUUUGUUUCAUCGUGCGUCGAAAAUUCGUCUUUGGGCAUGCGCAGUUGAUUGUUUCCGCCAGAUUCGUUUAAUAGAUAAAAGUUACCACAAAAAUUAACUGUAGUUGAGGAAAAGGAAGAAAACUCAGCGCAGAAAAGUGAUUAUUAAAGACGUUGUGAUUUAAUGGGUAGUUUUACCUUCCGAAAUUGUCAAAUCUAUUCUUAAUUGCGUUAAUUUCUCCACAGAGAGAAUUUAAGAGGCACAAAUCUUGUUCUGCAUGCAUACAAAUCUCAUUAAAGUGAGCUCGAUGUGACAGAAAA